AUGAAAGAGAAAAAGAAACAGAAGGCACUGGAGAAGGAGAUCCGUGCAUUAGUGAGAGAGCGUGGAGAGCAGGAUAAAAAACUUAAGGCUCUGGAUGAGGAUUUUGUUAAGACCGAAGCAAAGCUGAGUGCUGCCGUUCAGGAGAAAACAUCUCUCCUGGCAAACAUUGCAUGCCUGAAAAAACAGCUUCUGGAGCUAACAAGAGCUAAUGAACUACUGAAAUCAAAGACUGCACUUGCAAAGCAGGAAGAUAUGGAAAUGAAGCUGCAGGAGGUGCAACGGAAUCUAGAGCAUUCAAAAGGAAAAGUAGCACAGUUAGAAGAAAAACUAGCUCAGGUAACAACAGAUUGUUCAUCCCGGCCUCGGGUGGUGGGAGAUAGGGACGGAGGGAGCGAGCGAGAGAGGGAAGGAGCGAGCGAGAGAGGGAAGGAGCGAGCGAGAGAGGGAAGGAGCGAGCGAGAGAGGGAAGGAGCGAGCGAGCGAGCGAGCCAGUCCGCCCGCCCGCCCGCCCAGGCCCGGCCCUUCAUGGUCGUGCCUGAGGGAAGGGGGACAGUAUGUACCCCACUGCAAGAAACCUGUGAUAUUAGAUCUUCAGAUGCACUGAAAAGUUCUCUGUCCUCUGAAACACACCAACGGAUUAGGAAACAGAAGAGUGAGACAAAUUUGAGCAGUGAGAAGAGUGUACUUACCCCUGUAACUGGAAGGAGACUUGCAUCUCUCGGAGCAACACCAGCUAACGGGACUCUGAAGCCUAAAAAAGAUUUUAUCCUUAUGAAAGAGAAAAAGAAACAGAAGGCACUGGAGAAGGAGAUCCGUGCAUUAGUGAGAGAGCGUGGAGAGCAGGAUAAAAAACUUAAGGCUCUGGAUGAGGAUUUUGUUAAGACCGAAGCAAAGCUGAGUGCUGCCGUUCAGGAGAAAACAUCUCUCCUGGCAAACAUUGCAUGCCUGAAAAAACAGCUUCUGGAGCUAACAAGAGCUAAUGAACUACUGAAAUCAAAGCUGUCUGAAGAUGGUGUGCAGAAGAAAAUGAGCAGCCUAUGCAUGGAGUUAAUGAAGCUCAGAAACAAGAGGGAUGCUAAGGAAAAGACUGCACUUGCAAAGCAGGAAGAUAUGGAAAUGAAGCUGCAGGAGGUGCAACGGAAUCUAGAGCAUUCAAAAGGAAAAGUAGCACAGUUAGAAGAAAAACUGUCUGCUACUGAGAGAGAGAAAGUUGAAGAAAAGUCUGACACUGAAAAACUCCUGGAAUAUAUCACAGAGCUCAGUAGUGUUGCAGAAACAGUUGAGAAAUACAAACUGGAUGUUGCCCAGAUGGAGGAGACAGUGAUAAAGAAAGACCAAGAUAUUGGGGUCCUGAAGGAUACCCUCAAAACAAGAGAGGAAGAAUCUUUUAAACUGAUAAAAGAACUUAAUGAAAGGUGUGACUUGCUUCAACAAGAAAAAGAGAAAGAGUUGUCUGAGAGCAGAGAGAAACUCCUGAGUAUGAAUGCUGAAAUAGAAGACCUGAAAAAAAAAAUUGUCUUAAAAGAACAAGAACACCAAAAACUUCUUCAGAAACAUGAGGAGGUGGUCUCUCAGCUGCAACAAGAGAAGGAGUCAUCUGCAUCAAUGCACCAGAAGUUACUGGAGUUCCAAGAUGAGGUAACAAGUGAGAGACACCUUCUUGAAGAAGAGCUGAAUGAUGUAACGAAUGAGCUGAAUAAAUUACAUGCUAAGGAGAAGAAAGCUGAGAAGUUGGUGAAGCGGUUGGAACAAGAAAUCAAAUCUCAAGCUCUUGAACUUGCACAGAUGGAAGUAAAGUUGAAAGGGAAGAAUGCCGAGUUGGAGCAAAUCAAUGACAAGCACAGCAAUGCUGUUUCGCAAAUCCAAGAAGAACAUAGGAAUACAUUGCAUAAACUUGGAGAGACUGUUGAUGAGUUUGAAAGCUACAAGAAAACAACAGCUGAAGAAAUAUGCAGUCUUAAGCUGGAGAACACCUCUCUGCAAGAAGAAGUUGCCAACCUAAAAAAAACAGGCCAAGAUAACCUGCAGCUGCUUCAGGAAGCAGAACAUGCUAAAAACAAAGCAGAAGAUGAAUGUGCAAGGAUGCUUUUAGAAGUCCAGACUAAGUUUGCACUAAAAGAAGCAGAAACAGAGAGAACAAAAGAGUCUUGCCUUGCCCAAGUGACUAAACUUCAGGAAGAACUGGAAGAGAGAACUGAAGACCUGAAAAGACAACUUGAAGUGGAAAGAUCAAGGAAGAUCAUAAAUGAAGAUGUGACCUCUAGCUUAAAAGAAGAGAUCAAGACCUGGCGUAAUCUAUACGAAGAGUUACAUAACAAAACUAAGCCUUUUCAGCAACAACUAGAUGCAUUUGAAGCAGAGAAGAAUGCACUCUUAAACGAGCAUGGUGCAGCCCAAGAAGAACUGAAUAAACUCAGCGAUGCAUAUGCUAAACUACUUGGCCACCAGAACCAGAAGCAAAAAAUCAAGCAUGUUAUGAAGUUGAAGGAGGAGAACACCCACCUGAAGCAGCCAGCUAAUGGGACUCUGAAGCCUAAAAAAGAUUUUAUCCUUAUGAAAGAGAAAAAGAAACAGAAGGCACUGGAGAAGGAGCCAGCUAACGGGACUCUGAAGCCUAAAAAAGAUUUUAUCCUUAUGAAAGAGAAAAAGAAACAGAAGGCACUGGAGAAGGAGAUCCGUGCAUUAGUGAGAGAGCGUGGAGAGCAGGAUAAAAAACUUAAGGCUCUGGAUGAGGAUUUUGUUAAAACCGAAGCAAAGCUGAGUGCUGCCGUUCAGGAGAAAACAUCUCUCCUGGCAAACAUUGCAUGCCUGAAAAAACAGCUUCUGGAGCUAACAAGAGCUAAUGAACUACUAAAAUCAAAGACUGCACUUGCAAAGCAGGAAGAUAUGGAAAUGAAGCUGCAGGAGGUGCAACGGAAUCUAGAGCAUUCAAAAGGAAAAGUAGCACAGUUAGAAGAAAAACUGUAA